CGGCAUCAAUCUCAUCACGUCGAAUCAAUUUUCCCAUCGCUCCUCCUCUCCACUCCUCUCUCACAUACUUACACCAUGCUCCGCAACGUUAUUAGAGCUACUGCUGUGCCAAGGGUACAAACACGUAUCGCCCUUCCUGCCUUGGCCCGCUCAAUCCAUAUCUCUUCUAGUACUCUUGGUAAGAAUACAAACGAUUACCGUGCUAAUCGCGAGAAGUUCCCAGAGGAUGAGGAUUCGACUCGCUUCAUCCCUGGACAGGGCCCUACGAUCUUGGACAAGGCAUCCAAGUCCCUGCUUUUGACUGAGUUAGUUCGUGGCAUGUGGGUUGUUCUCGAGUCCAUGUUCAGACCCCCCUAUACGCUUAUGUAUCCCUAUGAGAAGGGUGCUCUUUCACCCCGUUUCCGAGGAGAGCACGCUCUUCGACGCUAUCCAUCAGGAGAGGAGCGUUGCAUUGCUUGUAAACUUUGUGAGGCUAUCUGUCCCGCACAGGCCAUUACUAUUGAGGCAGAGCCUCGCGAGGAUGGAUCGCGUCGCACGACUCGCUACGAUAUUGACAUGACCAAAUGUAUUUAUUGCGGAUUCUGUCAGGAAGCUUGUCCUGUCGAUGCUAUUGUUGAGGGACCCAACUAUGAGUACGCUACUGAAACGCACGAGGAACUUUUGUAUAACAAGGAGAAGCUAUUGGCCAAUGGUGAUAAAUGGGAGGUUGAGUUGGCACGUAACAUCGAGGCUGAUCAUCUUUAUCGCUAAAAAGAAAAGGAAGAAAAAAGACUACAAUAUAAUCUUGUUGACAAUUACAACACCCAAAGUACAAUCACUUUAUCACACAUAUGCAAAACAUGAACACCGUUACAAUCAUGAUCCUAGAGAAGCGAAUUUUUUAUUACUG